AUGCUACUUAAUGCCCCGCAGAAGACUUUCAAGAUCGACUACGAGCACAACCGCUUCCUCAAGGAUGGCCAGCCCUUCCGCUACAUCUCGGGCAGCAUCCACUACUCACGGGUGCCCCGCUUCUACUGGAAGGACCGUCUACUGAAGAUGAAGAUGGCGGGGCUGAAUGCCAUCCAGACGUAUAUACCCUGGAACUUUCACGAGCCUUUGCCAGGAAACUACCAGUUCUCUGGGGACCAGGAUGUAGAAUAUUUCAUUCGGUUGGCUCAGGAACUGGAUCUGUUGGUCAUUCUUAGACCUGGACCCUACGUCUGUGCUGAAUGGGAUAUGGGAGGAUUACCUGCUUGGCUGUUAGACAAAAAAAGUAUUGUGCUACGUUCCACUGACCCAGAUUAUAUUGAGGCUGUGGACAAGUGGUUGGGAGUCCUUCUGCCCAAGAUGAAGCCUCUUCUCUACCAGAACGGAGGCCCUAUUAUAACUGUUCAGGUAGAAAAUGAGUAUGGCAGCUAUUUUGCUUGUGAUUAUGAUUACUUGCGUUUUCUGCUAAAACGCUUCCGGUACUACCUGGGUGAGGACGUGGUUCUCUUCACCACUGAUGGUGCAAGUGAAAAGUUUCUGCAGUGCGGGGCGCUACAGGGGAUGUUUGCCACAGUUGACUUUGGAACAGGUGAUAACAUCACAAACGCUUUCCUACAACAGAGGAAGAGUGAGCCCAAAGGUCCCUUGAUCAAUUCUGAGUUCUACACUGGCUGGCUAGACCACUGGGGCCAAGCUCACUCAACAGUCCAUACCAGCGCUGUGACCUCCUCUCUCUCUGAUAUACUGGCUCAAGGAGCGAAUGUGAAUUUGUACAUGUUUAUAGGUGGGACCAAUUUUGCCUAUUGGAAUGGCGCCAACAUGCCCUACCAAGCCCAACCCACCAGCUAUGACUAUGAUGCCCCGCUGAGCGAGGCAGGGGACCUCACUGACAAGUAUUUUGCUGUGCGAGAUGUGAUUGGAAAGUAUGAAAAAUUGCCAGAUGGUUUCAUCCCUCCCUCUACACCAAAAUUUGCCUAUGGGAGAAUUCUAAUGAAGAAGUUGACGACUGUGGAGGAUGCUCUGGGUGUUCUGUGCCCUGGCGGGCCCACCAAAAACCUUUAUCCCUUGACAUUUAACCAGGUGAAACAGUAUUUUGGAUUCAUGCUCUAUCGAACAACCCUGCCCCAAAACUACAGUGACCCAACACCCCUCAGCACAACAGGCGGAGUCCAUGAUCGGGCCUACAUAGCAGUGGAUGGGACCCCCCAAGGAAUCCUGGAGCGAAUUGGUGUGUGGACUCUGAACAUAACAGGGAAUGCAGGAGCCACGCUGGAUAUUCUGGUGGAGAAUAUGGGGCGGAUAAACUAUGGCUCAGGGAUCAACGAUUUUAAGGGUCUGGUCCAGAACUUGACACUCGGCUCCAGUGUCCUCAUGAACUGGACCAUCUUCCCACUGGACACAGAGGAGGCAGUGCGCAGCCACCUGGGGGGCUGGGAGGACCAUGACAGUGGCCGUCAUCUCAGAGCCUCUGCCCAUUCAUCUACCUACAUGCUCCCAACCUUCUACGUGGGAAACUUUUCCAUCCCCACAGGUAUCCCAGAUCUGCCCCAGGACACCUAUAUGCUGUUUCCAGGAUGGACCAAAGGUCAGGUCUGGAUCAACGGCUUUAACCUCGGCCGCUACUGGCCAGCUAAGGGCCCUCAGAUGACCUUGUUCGUGCCUCGGAACAUCCUGGUGACCUCGGCUCCAAAUAACAUCACGUUGCUCGAACUGGAAGGCGCUCCCUGCAGAGACUAUGACCCGCAGCACUGUACCGUGGAGUUUGUGGACAAACCAGUAAUCAGCUCCAUGGAAACGAGAAAGAUGCGGCGGGAUAGCAAGUGGCACAGCGGAGCUGAUCAGGCACCCUAGGAAGCGACAGACUGGCUUUGUACCCUGAGAAAAACCCCAGCUACGGCUGGCUCUGCUUAGAGCAGAACCUCCUGUCUGCUGCUGCCAGCCCAAGGCAUCCUCUGUGGCUCCAAACACGAAGCCCAACCAUGAGGCUGGAGCAGCCUUUUACAUUCAACUUCCAGACACCAAAUAGGGAUCAACAUCUUAAGCUUGCCCACACGUGGGAGAUCUGCUCAGAGGUGAGGGGAGCUGUUCCUACCCCAACAACUGACCCCCAGUGGCCUAAGAUAGGUGGUAUAUUCCCUCUCUCCUCCAGCAAUAAAGAGGAACGAUGCAUUUCCGAAGGCCUCUUUUAAUCUUCAUCUUUGCCAAUCAGAUUGUUUGAUUAACAUGCAGGAAAGAUCUCUGCUGAG